AUGUCUGUCGAUCCCGCAAGUGCUCCUGUUGUUGUCGUUGCUGUAGUUGUCGUGGUUGAUGUUGUUGAUGUUGUUGAUGUUGUUGAUGUUGUUGAUGUUGUUGAUGUUGUUGAUGUUGUUGAUGUUGUUGAUGUUGUUGAUGUUGUUGAUGUCGUUAAACGCCCAGUAUCCAGUACCCAGUAUCCAGUCAGUACCCAGUAUCCAGUCAGUACCCAGUAUCCAGUCAGUACCCAGUAUCCAGUCAGUACCCAGUAUCCAGUCAGUACCCAGUAUCCAGUCAGUACCCAGUAUCCAGUCAGUAUCCAGUAUCCAGCUGCUAUCAGGCACCCACCCGUCCGUACUAUCCGACCCCUCCAACCCGUACAGCAACACAACAACCCAGCUGAACCAGGCUACCUUGGACUCGCACAAGCAACGAGCGAUGCCACAGCGUAUCUCACUCUCCAAAAGCCCCACCUCGCAGUAUCAGUAUCGCGAGCAAUGUCUCAGCGGGUAAAGUGGGGGCAGGCAAGGUCGGUAGAACUGUGGGGAAGCGAGGCGCUGACGUCAUGUCAUGCGAGCAUUUGCAAAGCGAAGCGUGAGAAAGAGGAACGAGUAGAUAGAGAGAGAGAGAGAGAGAGAGAAGAGAGUAGAGAUGAAAUGUAG